UUGCAUGAAAGUGGGUGGGACGUGAGAGCAGCUGUAAGAUAUAAACUGCAGCAGCCUUCUGCUACGUUGACGCUUUCACCUUUUGACGAGCUUCACGUGGAUACUUUGUCUUCAGGACAGCUUUCUGCACCUCCAGUUUGGAAAAUCCUCAUUCUUCCUACAAUGGCAGCGAUUGGAAAGCGUGGAGCAGUGACUGAGGCGGCCGGUUUCAAUGCCGAGGCUGAUGUCCAGAGUCUGAGAGAAGCCAUGAAGGGAACUGGCACUAACGAGGAAGCUAUCACCAAGGUCCUAGCACACCGUACUAAUGCCCAGAGGCAGCGCAUCAAAGAGGCCUACAAACAAUCAGUGGGGAAGGACCUGGCUGACGAUCUGUCCUCGGAGCUGAGUGGGAACUUCAGGUGUGUCGUUCUAGGUCUGCUGAUGCUGGCGCCUGUGUACGACGCCUACGAGCUGAAAACUGCCAUAAAGGGGGCUGGAACUGAAGAGGCCUGUCUUAUCGAUAUUCUGGCCUCAAGGACAAAUGCUGAAAUAAAAACCAUCAAUGAGUUGUACAAGAAACAACAUGGGAACACCUUGGAAGACGCUGUGUGUGGAGACACAUCAGGGAUGUUCCAGAGGGUUUUGGUCUCUUUACUGACGGCCGGUCGGGAUGAAAGCGACAAAGUGGACGAGGCCCAGGCUGUUCUCGAUGCCAAGGACAUCUAUGAGGCUGGUGAGGCACGAUGGGGCACGGACGAGGUUAAAUUCCUCACGGUGCUUUGUGUGAGGAACCGAAACCAUCUGCUGCGAGUGUUCGAGGAGUACCAGAAGAUUUCUGGGAGGGACAUUGAGGACAGCAUUAAGAGGGAGAUGUCUGGAUGUCUGGAGGACGUCUUUCUGGCCAUAGUGAAAUGCAUAAGGGACAAGACGGCUUUCUUUGCAGAGCGAUUAUACAAAUCAAUGAAGGGGCUGGGCACUACAGACAGUGUGCUCAUCAGAAUAAUGGUUGCGAGGGCGGAGAUCGACAUGUUGGACAUCAAGGCGCAGUUCCUGAAGAUGUAUGGCAAAACUCUCUACUCCUUCAUCAAGGGAGACACAUCUGGAGACUACCGUACAAUCCUGCUGCAGCUGAGCGGAGGCGAGUAAAAGAAACCAUCAGAACGACUUCCAGCUCUUUAUUUCACAUUAUGAGCUCUUAUUCUGUUGAAGACUUCCUUUAUCUUACGUUCUCUUCUUCCAUGGCCUUCACAUUUCACUGAUUGAACAUGCCUUGUUUUACUGUUUUAACUUCAAUACCAAUUAAACCAAAGACCAGUGACCUUUUACACCUCUGUUUUCAUUAUUGAUCCCGUGUUAAGGAUUAAUUAAUGGUAUCAGAGAUAUUUAUGCUUCUCACAUCUCUAAGACGAUAAAAGAGUACAGGCCUCCAGCUGCCGGUCUUGUUACAGCGCAACAUUUUCAUCCGCGUCCAGUCAGUUAAGUGCAUUUCUUUAAUUGGUAGCAAUUACUCAUUUGUUGAGUCAGCCCUUUGUCAUUUCACUCAAUUACAUUAACGGGAUGCCAGCUUGAUUUGGUAGGCAGUAAAAUGUGUUCUAAUCAAGUUAAGGAGAAUGUCCCAUAGCUCAUACAAACUUACAGUCCUCCAUCUCGCAGCAAUACGCCUGGGAAAUAUUCUGCUGUGGUUGCACUCAAGGAGACCACUAGGUGGAACCAAAAUAACUACAUGAAGCCGCCGGGAGCGCAGCAGUGCAGGAGAAUCUAUCGGCAUCAUUUGUUUGUGAAAAGUACAGAGCUCAACGUCAUGUUUUUUUUUUUUUUUUUUCCCCAUUUAGCUGCAAAAUAUGACUCCCCUACUCUUGCGAUGUCGAAUAUAUUCUUCCACUGUCCUUGGGCAACCUAAGUCUGACUCUCUUGAAUCUGGCUUGUGCUGCGUACAUUUGUAAAAGAACAAACAGUUGAGAUCCCUGCAGUGCACUCACUCUGUGUGUGGCACCAACAGGAAGAAGAAACAUCACUAAACCCCAAUUAGACCAGUCACGCUAUUAGACAGCCAAAACGACUGCAUAUGUCUUUGAGGGGCUGGCACCCUCUGUGGACAUCUGCUAAAAGCCUCAUUUAGUCACUUCACAGCAUUCAGAUGUUUUUAAAGGCAAAAGCUGGAGUUGAUCCCAGAAAAGAGUUUAUUUAUUAAACAUUGUCUCAGUUGUUUUUUUUGCUAUUUUUUUCGUCUUUGUAUCCUUAAACGCAGCAACUACGGUGGCUCUUUUGCAAAUGUUAAACAUGUGACAUUAUAAAAUACUAUCAGUAUAUCAUUCAAAUGAAAUGCUUCUGCUUCAUCAUGUUCAAAAUAAAUCCUUUUUACGCAUCUUUAA